AUGUCUUCAGCCAUCACCACCACUCUCCCCCUCCUCUACGAGGGACCUUUCGUCGCCGAGGUCAUCGGUGCUGAAGCCACGGCCACCACUUACGUUCUCAACUGUGACGAAAAGGUUAUUGAAGAUGGCGAGUGUGGUACCUUCAACAACACUGUCGCCGUGGGCCCUUGGGGCAGCAAGACUCUUCCGCCUGGUGCGGCUUCCACUGGUUACCUUGACUACUACCUCACCAUGCCGGACCCAGAGGAUCCCUUUGAGUUUUCCAUUCACUGCAAGAUGAGCCGGACUAUCGCUCAGGAGUGCACUACCACCAACCUCGGCGGCAACGAUGACGGAAACCCCACUGCGACCUUCUCUGAUCUAGAAAAGAGUCAAAGCGACUUUGCCAUGUUGACCUACGCUACCGUCACCAUCACUGCCGGCCAGGAAUUCCUUGCUGCUACGCACUCUGCAGCUACCACCGGCGACGACGCCUCCAGCACCGCCAAGUCUGCUUCCGACGCAACCAGUGUCAAGGAGUCUGGCGCUGAGGCCACGGGUACCGAGACCCAGGGCACGCCCACUCCCAAGGCGACCUCUGGUGCCUCUUCGAACAUUGUUCGUGGGUUUGUCGCCAUGGCUGUGGCUGGAGUUGCAACUCUACUUGUCUCUUCUGAUUUUGCUGACGAGUGUCCCGGCGCCGAGAUCAUCGGCACUGACUUGUCACCUAUCCAACCAACCUGGGUUCCUCCAAACAUCAAGUUCGAGCUCGAAGACGCAACCGGAACCUGGAGUUGGCCGGAAAAUACCUUUGACUUUGUCCAUCUGCGCUACCUUUUUGGCGCCAUCGCUGACUGGAGUGCGCUGUUCGCCGAUGCCUACCGCACUUGUAAGCCAGGUGGCUGUGUGCAGUCCUGCGAGAUCGACCCUCCAUUUUACAGUGGCGAUGGGACGGUUGAAGGUAAUACCGCUAUGCAGGCGUGGAACAAGGUAGUGAGGGAGGGCGGUAUCAAAUUCGGUCGUACGUUUUGUGUCGUACAUGAGGGACUACAGGUACCAGGCCUCGAAGCAGCGGGUUUCGUCGAUAUUCAGCAGCAAAACUUCAAGGCCAAAGACCCCAAGCUUCAGCAAGUGGGCCAGUUUCUCCGGUCGACCAUGGAGAAUGACAUGGAAGGGUACACGAUGAUCUUGUGGCAUCAGGUCAAGGGUUGGCCCAAGGACGAAUACCAGGUUUUCCUCAUGGGUAUGCGCAAAGCCUUAAGGGACAAGCGGAUUCACUCAUCCAUGAACUUGCGCUAUGUCUGGGCUAGGAAACAAGAGGAGACGACCGAAGCCUGA